GGAGUCUUUAAAAUAUUUCUCUCAGUGCUGCAAGUUCGACUUCGGUUUUUCUACAACCGUUCUUUAAGGCGUCCCAUUUUGUCUUAAUCAAGACAGGGCCUCCUUUCCGUGGCGUCGGUAGCGCUGCAGUGUUCCAUUGCACGGGCGUCUCAAAGGCCAGCCGUAUUUGAGCCGGGACACCAUCAUGUCUUUAAUACAUCCACAACCCCAGCCCGAGGACAUAGGUAAACAUGCCGACGGUCAAGAUGUGUAUGUGCCGUUUCGCGACAGUCGCGACGAUGGGGAAUCCGGCAGUGAGCCAGAUAUCGCCGAUAUCGAGCGCAUUUACAGGAAACUGGAUUUGCGCAUCAUCCCUGCCUUCUGGGUUCUGUACUUUCUUUGUGCAGCCGUCCGAUCCAACGUUUCACUGGCGCAAACGAUGAAUCCAGAUACUAACCACACUAUUUUUGAUGUUCUGCAUGUAGACGAUCACCAAGUCUCGACCGCUCUCGCCUUAUUCUACGUGUGCUAUGUCAUCUUCGAUCUACCAUCGAAUCUAAUCAUGUCCAGACUGAGCCCGCACGUCUGGAUGAGUCGCAUUGUUAUCAGCGUCGGCGUCAUUGGCACUUGCAUGACCGCCAUGAAAGCCGCAUGGAGUUUCUACCUCCUCCGUCUACUCCUGGGUAUUGUCAUCGCAGGCAUGUGGCCUGGGAUGGCCUACUACCUCACCCUCUUCUAUCCUCCGUCUCGAACAGGGAAGCGAAUCGGCCAAUACUACACAGCAGCGCAGCUUUCCGCCGCAGCCGUCGGCCUCGUCUCAGCCGGAUUCCAAAAGAUGGAUGGCAUCCACGGCUACGUUGGCUUCCAGUGGAUGUUCCUGGUCUGGGGCGUCAUAACAAUCGCCGUCGGCAUCCUCCUCCUCUGGUGGCUCCCGGACCGGCCCACGCCCCCCGGCGAAGAACCGCCCAAGAAGAAAUACCUACGCUGGUUUCCCCGCAGCCCGCCCGCGCUGACCGGCCGCGACGCCGAAAUCCACUACCACGAUCUUAGGCGCGUAUACCACCGCCCAGCAUGGACGCUCCAGGACCUCCUCCGCGUCUUCCUCGACUGGCGACUCUGGCCCCUCCUGAUCAUGUACUUCGGCGUCGUAGGCGUGGGCAUCGGUGUGCAAAGCUACGCAACAGUCAUCAUAAAAGCCAUCAACCCCACGCUCAGCGGAAUAGACCUCAGUCUCCUCUCUGCCCCAAUCUGGCUCAUGGACCUAGCCGCCAUCCUCCUCGUAACCCCCUUCUCCGACCGCUUCCACCACCACCGCGCCGUCUUCUUCUCCAUCCCCGUCCUCCUCCAAAUCAUCGGCCUUCUCCUCACCACCUACGCCGGCUCCAACUCCAACUCCUGGCCCCGCUACGGCGGCCUCCUAAUCGUCGGCUUUGGCCUCGGCCCCACAGUCCCCAUAACCAUGACCUGGACCACGGAGAUCUUCCAACCGCGCCACGGCGAAGUCGGCGUCGCAGCCGCCUCCGCCGUCGUCUCCGGCCUCGGGAAUCUAGGCAGUAUCGUAACGACCUACGCGCUGUACAACGGAUGGGACGAGGAUAGGUCGGCGCCAGGCCGGCUCAAGUUCCGGAAGAGUAAUCUGGUGAUGGUGGGGAUUCUGUGCGGGAGUAUUCUUGCGGCGGUGGUGAUGCAGGUUCUUGUCCGUGUUGUUGAUGGGGGGAGGGUUGGUGAUCAGGAUAAGAUUGUGGAUGGGGCUGCGAGGCGGGAGGCGCGGCAGAGGGGUUUGGAUGGGUUGGGGUCGAGUGUUUUGGGACUGUUUAGGAAGAAGAGGGGGCCGAGGUGAUGCGUAUUAUACUUAUAGACAUUGUGGUGGUUUGUUGUGGGUGGGGAUGGAUGCGUUCAUUGUGUCAGUUGGGUUGUGUGGGCUUGCAUAUGCUCCCGUUCUUAAUACAUGUAUUUAUACUAUGGUUUCUCUAUGAUAGAUAUUGAGGGGGGG